AUGCCUCCUACCGUCGCUACCAAGUCCUAUGAUUGGACCUAUACAACCAUGUACACGGGUCAUCAGGAAUCUGGGCAGGCUGAGCCCGUUGCUUGGAGCGCAGCUGAUCCAGAGGACCCCUCGAAUGCGAUCCCAAUGGCCGAACUAUCGCGCCCUGAUCCAAUUCUUUUUUACGCUGAGAUACCUCUCUUUGAGGAUGAGCUGCAUGACAAUGGUUCAUCCUCGGUCCUAGUACGAAUUCGCGUGAUGCCAACCUGCUUUUUCAUUCUGUCUCGUUUCACACUACGCGUCGAUAAUGUUUUGUUCAGAACCUAUGAUACUCGGAUUUAUCACUCAUUCGCAUCAUCCACUCCAUUGAUCGUAAGGGAGAAAGCUGGAUGGGAAGCACCUUACGAACGAGUUCAGCGGUAUUUGCCAAAGCGUGAAGACAUGACUCCUCUCACUGACCCUACCUUCAUCGCCAAGAUUCUGACCGAGUUACCCAAGCAAGUGUCCCAGAGGGAAGGUGCAAAAACGGGCUGGCGAGGGAUGGGUUCUCGAGUAGAAAUCGCUAGGCUUCCAGUGAGCUCUGCGUAA